AUGUCUGACUACGGCGGUGAUGACGACAGAGAGGACGUGGGCGCGGACGAGCCCAUGUUCGACCAGGAAGAGGAUGAGCCCAUAGAUGACUUCGAGGAUGAGGCCCCCGUCGACGAAGACGAGUACGGCAAGUCGCGCGCCGCCGAGGAGGAGGAGAACAUUGUCAUCUCGGGCGACCCCUCGGCCGCCGCCAACCGCCAGAAGCCCGCCGAGAAGGCCCACAAGGACAAGAAGAUCCCCAACGAGGAGCGGAUAACGACUCCGUACAUGACAAAGUACGAGAAGGCCCGUAUCUUGGGCACCCGCGCCCUGCAGAUCAGCAUGAACGCACCCGUCCUCGUCGACCUCGAAGGCGAGACAGACCCCCUCCAGAUCGCCAUCAAGGAGCUGCGGGAGAAGAAGAUCCCCCUCAUCGUCCGGCGAUACAUGCCCGACGGGUUCUACGAGGACUGGACUUGCGAGGAGUUGUUGCAAUGA